GUAGAGCGCGGGUAAUAAAGACACCGGCCGUCUUCUUCCCUCGGACUCCUCCCCUCCAAGCUUUCCAAUCUCCCAUACGCCCUCGCCUCUCGCUGCCGAGAUGACGGUGGAGAAGGUGGACGCGACGGUGGCCGACUUCGACGGCCACUUCGAGAGGCUCUUCGCCGGCGACGACGGCGGCAAGCUGAAGCUGCUGCUCUUCCUCGCCGACCGCGAGCCCUCCUCCUCCCUCACCUGGUGCCCCGACUGCAACGUGGCGGAGCCGGUGAUCUACGGGAAGCUGGAGUCGCUGGGCAGGGACGUGGUGCUCCUGCGCGCGUUCGUCGGCGACAAGCCCACGUGGAGGGACCCGGCCCACCCGUGGAGGGUGGACCCGCGGUUCGCGCUCAAGGGCGUGCCGACGCUGCUGCGCUGGGAGAAGGGCGCCGCCGCGGGCCGCCUCGAGGACGACGAGGCCAACGUCGGGGACAAGAUUGAUGCCUUGCUCAAUUGACUAGUUGGGUUUAAUCCAAGCGUGUGCUCGCCGUGAUCUUGUCUGCUCAAUCCAAGUGCCGAGAAAAUGCUUUUGAAAAUGCUUUGGCAGAUGCUUAGCUAUGAAAUCGUGCUGUUCUUGUAACCAGUCAUGAAUGAACCAAAUAAAACAGGAUCGUAUUGGUGAUGA